AUGAUACGCGUUUAUGGCCAAAACAAAUUUAAUAAAGUAGCAGCAGACCCUCUUUUUGACUCAAUUUUUUAUUUUGAAAUUGAAUUUCAAAAUAUUGAAGAAGUUAAUAAAAGAGGGGAAAUGGCAUUAAUUGGACUUGACAGUAACAAAUCAACGAUACUUACUUUGUCUUGUUGUUGUUUAUUGCCUGAUAAGAUAACUAAAAGUUUAAAUAUUUCUGUUUUGGGAAAAGUUGAAAAAAUUCGUUAUCCAAAUAUGUCUUGGAAAAGUGGAGAUGUUUGUGGGGUUGGAUUAGUUUAUCAAAAAGAAGAUAGUGUUGAUAAACGUCCAUACGCUUUCUUUACACUUAAUGGAGAGAUUUUUGGUAAAUUAAUUUUUAUGAAAUCGGGCACUUACCGUAUUUCUUCAAAUAGAGCCCCACCUUUAAUUAGACCCCCAUCCUCUAAACAGCCCCCCCCCAUCAUCCCCUUGGAGGAUAGUUGA